UUUGACACACUCACUAUCACUGAGAGGGGAAAUGGCCCAGCAAGGAGAUCUACAGUAUGUGUUGCCGGACCUGAGAAUGUGGGAUGUGAUUUCUGCACUGGGAGAAAACGGAAAGCUCUCAAAUCCUGUCUGCAGUGUCAGUUGUCCUACUAUCAGGAGCACAUCCAGCCUCACUACGAAGGGCCGUUAAAGAAACACAGGCUGGUGGAAGCUUCAAAGCUCCAUGAAAACAUCUGUAGCCGACACAAUCAGGUGAAGAACAUUUUCUGCUGCACUGAUAAGCAAUGUAUCUGUUUGAUCUGCUUUACGACUGAACACAAAGACCACAACAUAGUCCCUGUCUCAGAAGAAGCAACUAAGAAGGAGGAAGAGCUCAAAAAAACCCGACAAGUAAUCCAGCAGAGAAUCCAGAGGCAAGAGAAAGAUGUGAAUGCUCUUCGGCAGACGGUGGACGCCGUCAAUCGCUCAGCUGAUAAAGCAGUGGAGGAGAGUGAGGAGAUGUCUAAUGAGCUGAUUAAACUCAUCAAGAAAAUGAGCUCUGCUGUGAAGGAUGAGAUCAGAUUGCAGCAGAAAAUUGAAGUGAGUCGGGCAAAAGAGCUUCAGGACAAGCUGCAGCAUGAGAUCACUGUUCUGAAGACGAACAAAGCGGAUUUGGAGAAGCUGUCGCCCCAUGGGGAUCCAAUCCAGUUUCUGCACAAGUAUCCCUCGCUGACGCCGCUCCCGAAAUCUACCACCUUGCCAAGCCUUAACGGGGGCCCGCUGCAAUACUUUGAGGAAGUGACUGCUUCUGUUUCGGAGGCCGGAGAAACCCUACGGGCCAGCUGCAGCAAGGAAUGGAACAAGAUCUCAAGGAGUGUGACCGAGGUGAAUGUUUUACCACUACCACAACUCACGACGAGAGCGGAACUCUUACAAUACGCGGCCAAAUGUUUCAAACUGGAUCAAAACACGGCGAGCAUGAAGAUGUUGUUAUCGGAAGGGAACAGAAAAGCAACGGGUACGAAAGUUCAACAGCCGUAUGCUGCUCACGCAGACAGAUUCAUGAGCAGGUCUCAGGCUCUGUGUAAAACGAGCCUGACAGAGCGUCAUUACUGGGAAGUGGAGUGGAGUGGCUUAGGGGUUUCAGUAGCAGUUGCAUACAGGGAUAUCGCCAGAGCAGGAAAGAAAAGUGUAUUUGGUGACAAUGACAUGUCUUGGGCUUUGGAGGUUUUGGACCAAGGUAGUAUUAUAACUUAUAACUUCAAGCACAAGCGCAUCAGCAAGAAAAAGUCAAUUCCAAAGCCCAGGUCCUCCAGAGUAGGGGUGCUCCUGGACCACAAGGAAGGGAUUCUGUACUUUUACAGAAUCUCUGAAACACUCUCCUUCACUCUCCUUUACAAAGUACAGACAGAAUUCAAACAGCCACUCCAUGCUGGACUUGGUGUUUAUUUUAAGGGAUCAACAGCUAAGUUUUGUGAAAUCAGGCAAGGAUUUAGCAGUCCCCCCCCCCCUUAGAAACAAUAAUAAUAGAGAUCAGCAUAGAGAGAGAGUGUUUACAAAUGAGAUACAAGGUUGUGACAGCUGCUUUAGAAAUAUAUACAUAUAUUGAACCAUGUGUGGUGUCCUGUGAGCUCUGUACUGUAUCUUCACUGUUGCUGUAACGCUUUAUGUUUUGUGUGGGAUUUGGGCCUUAAUUAAGCAGGGUGAAAUGUCAGGGUGAAUUUAUUUGAUAGUUGUGUUUGUUUGUUUUUUGGCACAUUCAGACAAAGGAACAUUAAGUUUUGUUCAUUAAUCUGAUUCAGAAAUACUGUAAAAAUGGGACCUCUUGUGUGUAAUAUAUGUAAUGUGUAAUAUGAUGCUGCUGUUUGCUAAUUGGAUAUGUUAAGUAAAAUGAUUGGAGUAAAGUAUUUUCUUUGUUUUCAUACCUGUUUGACACCAAUAUGCAUACACCGAAGUUAACAUUAACUUAUUUGGGUUGGU